AUGGCGGCGACUGAGUAUGAGCGUUGUGUCCACUUUGAGGAUGGCCUCAGAGAGAAUUUGAGAGUCCUGAUAGCUCUGCAGAGGGAGCGUGAUUUUUCUUUACUGGUUGAGAAGGCGAAGAUCACUGAGGAGGUGAAGCACGCUGAACGCCAAAACUACAACAGGGAGAGAGCCAUGGUCGAUUAUGGUAGACACCAUCAGGGCAUGUGUUGGAGAAGGACUGGGUCAUGUCUAAGGUGUGGAUCAUUGGAUCAUCACAUUAGGGAGUGUCCGUUGAGGGUCGAUCAGAUGCAAGCUCAGGGUACUGGUACUGCACAGCCACAGAGGGUAGAGGAGCAGCCAGCGAGGGGCCGUGGACAGGCCAGAGGUGGUAAUGGGUCUACUCACUCAUACAUAGCUAGCAACAUAUCUGGAAACUUGGGGAUUCCGGUUGUGAGUACUUCUAGUGAGGUGACUGUGCUGAGCCCGUUGGGGCAAUCUGUUAGAGUUAGCAAACUGUAUAGGGACGCUCCUUUAGAGGUUCAAGGGACGGUAUUUCUGGCUAAUUUGAUGGAGCUUCCGUUUGGGGAAUUCGAUAUGAUAUUGGGGAUGGACUGGUUGGUCAAGCAUCGUGUCAAUUUGGACUGUGCAACUAAGAGGGUCGUAUUGAGAACUGAGGAGGGUAAUGAAGUAGUUAUGAUUGGGGAACAUCGAAAUUACUUGGCUAACAUGAUCUCUGCAGUAGCAGCUGAGAAACUGGUUCGGAAGAGAUGUGAGACAUAUUUGGCCUACGUAAGUGUUUCCAGUUCUAGGGACUCUACUGUGAAGGACAUCAGAACUGUGAGGGAAUUUUUGGACGUCUUUCCUGAGGAGCUACUGAGUUUACCUUCGAAUUGGAAAGUGGAGUUUGGGAUUGAGAUUUUCCCUGGUACAGCCCCAGUGUCUAUCGCUCCCUAUCGAAUGACACCAAAGGAGCUAACGGAGCUUAAGGCUCAAAUUCAGGAGUUAUUGGAUCGUGGGUUCAUCCACCCUAGUGUGUCCCUGUGA